AUGGAGAAGGGCAUACGCGAUAGUGUGAAAUAUGCUAACACGGCUGCACAAAUCUGGAACGACCUUCAUGAACGUUUUGGAAAAGAGAGUUCGCCAAGAGCAUAUGAGUUGAAACAGAAGAUUGCAGCUACACAUCAAGAUGGUAACUCUGUUUCAGUUUAUUACACAAAAUUACGUACACUGUGGGAUGAAAUAUCCUCAAUUCUCCCUUUUCCAAAAUGUUCCUGUAAAGAUUGCUCCUGUGAAAUUGGUAAACAAUUAGUUGAAUUCCAAGAAAAGGAGCGUUUGUAUCAAUUUCUAAUGGGUUUAGAUUCACAAUUUUCGGUAAUUAAAACACAGAUUCUGGCAACAAAACCCAUCCCGUCGAUGGGGGUGGUGUAUCACCUAGUCGCCGAGGAUGAAAGACAGAGGGCUCUAUCUGAUGACAAGAAAACUCCACCUGAACCGGCUGCGUUCAAGACUUUUCAGAAGGGAGGUGACCCUAAACCGAUGAAUAAAUAA